AUGCGCAGUGAACCUUUCUGCUUGGUGUAGUUUGUUUGUAUCUGUGCGAUUCUUGUAACCGUUACUACAUUACUCUAUUUACAUUAUAAGUUUGAAAGUUGAUAAUUAUUAGUUUUAGACAUUUUAGAUCUAUAUUUAUUUUUCAAAAUACCAUCAAAUGGCUGCCAGCGAAGGAAGCCAAGUUUGCUCUUUACCUCUUCCACCAGCUCAAUAUAUAAACAAUUAUACCGAUGAAAAUAUUAAAAGGGGUCGUGCCCCCCGACCGCCACCACCAAUCCAUGACACUUAUUCUAUGUUUGGAAACACUUUUAAUGCUGAUGACACCAUCAUCAGGCCAUUAGAAUCUCAGGGUAUUAAACGCCUCUACCCUCAACAUUUCGACAGGAGACGAGAACUACGAAAAUUGAAUCAUUCACUGCUAGUCAACUUCUUAGAUUUGUUAGAUUUACUUGUGAAAUGCCCGGAAUCGCCUCGAAGGGCAGAAAAAGUGGAAGAUUUAAGUUUACUUUUCAUUCAUAUUCAUCAUCUUCUUAAUGAAUUUCGACCUCAUCAAGCGAGAGAAACUCUUCGAGUUAUGAUGGAUUUGCAAAAGCGACAAAGAAUCGAAAUAGCUCAACGUUUUCAGAAACAUUUAGAUAAGGUGUUUGAAAUGCUUCAGCAAGCUCUUCAAACUCUCCCCGAUACAUCUGAUUUUGAUUCAAAGUUGAUGGUGCCCACUGAAUCAUUCGAAAAUAUGGGAAAAUCUAAUCAUGAUACGACAGAAACUGACCCAUACGUGAUAUUAGACGAAAUGAUGUGCAAUAUCAAGUCUAAAAGUAAUGCGACACACUUAUACUUGAAAAAAGUUACAAAAGCAUUGAAAGGAAGGUACAGCUGUGAGGUUUCAGCAGAUGCACCAUCGUUUCGAACUGCACUUUAUUCUGGAGACAUGAACGUUGUUGUCAUCCCUACAACCCUUCCAGAAGUACUGAUGUCUAAAACAAAAUACAGAAUCGGCGAGACCCUUAAGGCUGAGUGCACCUCAAAAGAUUCCCGCCCAGCAGCAAAUCUUACUUGGGGCCUAAAUGGUCAAACGCUUGAUUCAGAAUAUGUUAAAAAGUUCAACAUCAUAAGAGAUCCGGAUACAAACUUAGAAACGUCAGUAUCUCAGCUUUCACUGAUUGUACAGAGACAUCAUUUCUCGAGUAAUGGAAGGCUUAAGGUGCGUUGUACUGCUAGUAUACACAAUGUUUAUUGGAGAACAACUGAAAGGAGUGCAGAAGAAGACAGACCCAAAGUUCUUGAUGCAGCUCAACAGACACUACACCAGUACCUUCAAGAAGUAGUCGGACAGUGUUCAGGUGGUCUUCCUUCGGAAAGAUAG